GGUAGACUCAGAGAUGGCAGGGCAGUUACACCAGGAAGACCAGCCGUGAGUAUGGGAAGACCAGAAAGAUCGGGCAAGCUGAACGAUGGUGCCGGAAUGCUAAUUGGGGGAAGGGACAGGGUUGGCAAUUCAGGGAGACUGAGAGAUGGCAAUGUCAAACCAGGUGGUAAAUCAGGCAGACUGAUGGAAGGCAGCGCAGGUAAGCUCAAAGAUGGUAUUGAUAGAACAGGGAGAUCAAGAGUGGGCUCGGGGAGCUCGAUUGAGGGAAGUGAUAAAGUUGGCAGCCCCGGAAGCUCAAUCGAUGGAAAUGGUGGACUGAGUGUUGGUAAUGCGAGAGUGGGGAGUUCUAACGAUAAAUCUGGUAGACUAAUCGAGGGAAUUGACAGUGGUGGCAAACUGAUCGGAGGUAGCGACAGAUCCGGCAACGACAAUGGUGGGAUUCCAUCAGAAGGUAGACUCAGGGUUGGUAAUGCGAGAGUCGGAAGAUCCAGGGACAGGUCAGGCAGACUAAUCGACGGAAGGGACAGUGGCGGCAAACUGAUCGGUGGUAUAGAUAGCGAUGGCAACGAUAAUGGCGGAAGCCCUCCAGAAGGUGGGGUCACUGUCGGUGCUGCAAGUGUGGGAAGAUCUAAUGACAGAUCUGACAGUCCAGGCAAAUCAAUAGAGGGGAUUGAGAGUGGUGGUAGACUAAUUGGUGGUAUCGAUAGGUCAGGCAGACUCAGUGAUAGAUCAGGCAAUCCGAUACUCGGUAAUGACAAUGGUGGCAGUCCAUCAGAAGGUGGGGUCACCGUUGGUGCUGCAAGAGUCGGGAGGUUGAGUGACAGAUCUGAGAGCCCGGGCAAGUCAAUAGACGGGAGUGACAGUGCCGGCAGACUAAGCGAUGGAAGUGAAAGUGCUGGAAGACUGAUUGGCGGAAUUGACAAGUCAGGAAGACUGAGUGAUAGUUCAGGUAAACCAAUGGUUGGCAAUGACAGCGGUGGUAGUCCUCCAGGAGGAACGUCAAUAGAGGGCAAAGCCAAACUGGGUGAUUCAAUCGACGGCAGAGGUACCGAUGGCAAUUCAAGGGAGAGACUCGGAAGCGCCAGCGAUGGCAGUGGAAUGUCUAUCGACGGCAGAGCGAGGGAUGGCAGAGCAAGCGACGGGAGUCCAAGAGAAGGAGCAGGCAGUUCCAACGACGGAAGAGGAUUUUCGACGGAGGGCACCGCUAGCCCGGAAGGCAAGGCCAGACUAGGAAGUUCAAUUGAUGGGAGA